UUGUGUGUGGUGAAGAGGGGUUGUUCCCCCCCUUCUCUCUCUGUGUGUGUCCCUGCCCCCCCUCCCCCAGCACCACCAUGGCUUCCCCUCUGAGGGAGGACGAGGAAGAGGAGGAGGAGAUGGUGGUGUCUGAGGUGGAGGGGGAUGAAGAAGAAGAGGAGGAAGAGGAGGAGGAAGAAGGAGCAGGGGACAACAGCCCAGGCGACAUAUUCCCGCCUGCUGCUACUCCACUGGCACCAGCACCAGCAGCAUCAACUCCACCAGCAGCCGCGGCUCCUCCAGAUGAAGAAGAUGCCGAUCUCAGGAACCUGGAGAGCGUCCUGGGGGUCAAGAAAAAGAAAAGGGGUCCCCGCAAGCAGAAGGAAAACAAGCCAGGGAAACCCCGGAAGCGCAAAAAAUUAGUGAGCGAGGAUGAGUUUGAGUCGGACCGGGAGGAGUUCCGGGAGAAGUCAGAGAGCGGGAGCAGCGACUACGGAGGGGUGGCCAAGAAGAAGCGGCGGAAGCACCGGGAGAAGAAGGAGAGAAAGACCAAACGCCGGAAAAAGGUGGAUGGUGAUGCAGGCCAGAAAGUAAAGCAGGUAGAGCAGAAAUCCUCGGCCCAGCUGCUCAUGACCUGGGGGCUGGAAGACGUGGACCAUGUGUUCUCCGAGGAGGAUUAUCACACACUCACCAACUACAAAGCCUUCAGCCAGUUCAUGAGCCCCCUUGGCUGCAGCUGCCACCAGCAGAUCCUGAAGCGGGAGGAGGAAGUGGAUCCGGUCUCAGCUCCCCCAGCGCUCGGAAGCACCAGUUGUUCAGGGAGAAGGAACCCCAAGAACACUGAUAAUGUGUGUCAGUGGGCUGGUGUGGGAGCCCGGAGAUCCGUGCGGACCUGGGCUGAGCACCCGCUGGCGGAGCCCCAAGAAGCCCAGGAGAACACCCAGGUGUCGGCCGCCGUCUCAGCCGUGGCUGCCGAGCCGCAGCCCCCUCCCAUCCGCAAAGCCAAAACCAAAGAAGGCAAAGGGCCGGGUCACAAACGGCGGAGCAAGAGCCCUCGCGUGCCGGAGAUGAGGAGGAAGAUGAAAGGCAAGAGGAUGGCUCCCCUGAAGAUCAAGCUGGGCAUGAUUGGGGGGAAGCGGAAGAAAAGCACCUCGCAUGUGUUUCAGAGCGACGAGGUGGGCGAGAUGGAGGAGGAGUCUGAUGUGGACAACUCCAGUGUCCACAGCUCCUCGGUGCGGUCCGACAGCUCGGGGCGGGUCAAGAAACUCAAGCGAGGCCGGCCCGGCCGGAAAAGGAAGAAGGCGAUCUCCACAAUCCCAAUCCAGGAUCGGGGGCCCGUGGUGCUGGCCGCUGCACAGAUGCAUGUGCCCGUCGAGGAGGAGGUUGACGGCUACGAGACGGACCACCAGGACUACUGCGAGGUGUGUCAACAGGGCGGCGAGAUCAUCCUCUGCGACACCUGCCCCAGGGCCUAUCACCUGGUGUGUCUGGACCCCGAACUCGACAAGGCGCCGGAGGGCAAAUGGAGUUGUCCCCACUGUGAGAAGGAGGGGGUGCAGUGGGAGGCCAAGGAGGAAGACGAGGAGUACGAAGAAGAGCUGGAGGAGGAAGGCGAGAAGGAGGAGGAGGACGACCACAUGGAGUACUGCCGGGUCUGCAAAGAUGGCGGGGAGCUGCUCUGCUGUGACGCCUGCAUCUCCUCCUACCACAUUCACUGCCUCAACCCACCGCUGCCCGAGAUCCCCAACGGCGAAUGGCUCUGCCCCCGCUGCACGGUAGGGAUACCCAGGCCCCUUCUGCAAGGGCUGGCACCUCCUGCUGGCCUCCCCGGGCUGAGCACCGAGGGGAAAGGCGCCGCGUGGAGAUCGCUUCAUCGUCCUGCGGGAUCCCAGAAAGACUUGGAGUUCGGCGCAGGGUGGGCUUGGGGGUGUUGGGGCGCAUGGGGGUGCGCGCAGAUCCCCAGUACCCGCCCCUGGGCCCGGCCGGCCGAGCGCCUCACCCCCGCCCCUCUCCCCGCCCAGCUGGAGAUCUUCCACCUGGUGAUGUACCGCAACUACCAGCGCAAGAACGACAUGGACGAGCCGCCCCCGCUGGACUACGGCUCCGGUGAGGACGACGGCAAGAGCGAGAAGCGCAAGAGCAAGGACCCGCUCUACGCCCAGAUGGAGGAGCGCUUCUACCGCUACGGCAUCAAGCCCGAGUGGAUGGCCAUUCACCGCGUCAUCAACCACAGCAUCGACAAGAAGGGGAUCUACCACUACCUGGUGAAGUGGCGCGACCUGCCCUACGACCAGUCCACGUGGGAGGAGGACGAGAUGGCCAUCCCCGACUUCGACUUCCACAAGCACGCCUACUGGAGACACAGGGAGCUGAUCAUGGGCGAGGACCCGGCCCAGCCCCGCAGGUACAAGAAGAAGAAGAAGGAGAUGCCGCCGGAGGGCCCCCCGAACUCCCCCACCAACGACCCCACGGUGAAGUAUGAGACGCAGCCGCGGUUCAUCACCGCCACGGGCGGGACCCUGCACAUGUACCAGCUGGAGGGGCUCAACUGGCUGCGCUUCUCCUGGGCCCAGGGAACCGACACCAUCCUGGCCGACGAGAUGGGGCUCGGCAAGACCAUCCAGACCAUCGUCUUCCUCUACUCCCUCUACAAGGAGGGUCACACCAAAGGCCCCUUCCUGGUCAGCGCCCCACUCUCUACCAUCAUCAACUGGGAGCGGGAGUUCCAGAUGUGGGCGCCCAAAUUCUACGUGGUGACGUACACGGGCGACAAGGACAGUCGCUCCAUCAUCCGCGAGAACGAGUUCUCCUUCGAGGACAACGCCAUGAAGGGCGGGAAGAAGGCUUUCAAGAUGAAGAGGGCAAGUUCAGGUGAAGUUCCACGUGCUGCUCAGUCACUGACCAGCUGCUCCUAUCGACAGGCGGUCGCUGGGCUCCAUCCGCUGGGCCUGCACUGUGGCUGGACGAGGCUCCUCAAGGCUGAAGAAACAAUCAUGAUUCCAAGGCCGAUGUUCUUCAAAGACAAUGCGGCCAAGAACAGAGCUGACGUGCGCCGUGAGCUGAGCCCCAUGCAGAAGAAAUACUACAAAUACAUCCUGACCCGCAACUUCGAGGCCCUCAACUCCCGGGGGGGCGGAAACCAGGUCUCCCUGCUCAACAUCAUGAUGGACCUCAAAAAGUGCUGCAACCAUCCCUACCUCUUCCCCGUGGCUGCGAUGGAGUCCCCCAAGCUGCCGAGCGGCGCCUAUGAGGGUGGUGCCCUCAUCAAAUCCUCGGGCAAGCUGAUGCUGUUACAGAAGAUGCUGCGGAAGCUGAAGGAACAGGGGCACCGGGUGCUGAUCUUCUCUCAGAUGACGAAAAUGCUGGACCUGCUGGAGGAUUUCCUGGACUAUGAAGGCUACAAAUACGAGCGGAUCGACGGCGGGAUCACUGGGACGUUGCGGCAAGAGGCCAUCGACAGAUUCAAUGCUCCCGGGGCUCAGCAGUUCUGCUUCCUGCUCUCCACCCGGGCGGGGGGCUUGGGCAUCAACCUGGCCACUGCCGACACGGUGGUCAUCUUCGAUUCCGACUGGAACCCCCACAACGACAUUCAGGCCUUCUGCCGAGCUCACGCCACGCACGGCCGGCCAAACAAGGUGAUUAUCUCGUUCGUGACACGGGCCUCGGUGGAGGAGCUCCGCAGGUGGCCCAGCGGAAGUAUGAUGCUGACCCAGCCUGGUGAGUAGCGCCCAGGGCUGGGCUCCAAGGCCGGCCGCAAUGUCCAAGCAGAGCUGGACGUCCUGAAUUCUGGCACUGAGGAGCUUUUCGCAAGGACGAGAACGGAGGUUGAGGGGGAGAACAAGGAGGAAGACAGCAGCGUGAUCCACUACGACAACGAGGCCAUCGCCCGGCUGCUCGACCGCAACCAGGACGCCACCGACGACGCCGACGUGCAGAACAUGAACGAGUAUCUCAGCUCCUUCAAGGUGGCCCAGUACGUGGUGCGGGAGGAGGACAAGAUCGAGGAGAUCGAGCGGGAGAUCAUUAAGCAGGAGGAGAACGUGGACCCCGACUACUGGGAGAAGCUCCUGCGCCAUCACUACGAGCAGCAGCAGGAAGACCUGGCCCGCAACCUGGGGAAGGGCAAACGGGUCCGGAAGCAGGUCAACUACAACGACGCUGCGCAGGAGGAUCAAGACAAUCAGUCCGAGUACUCGGUGGGAUCGGAAGAGGAGGACGAGGACUUCGACGAGAGGCCGGAAGGCCGGCGCCAGUCCAAACGCCAGCUCCGCAACGAGAAAGACAAACCUCUGCCACCGCUGCUGGCUCGAGUCGGGGGCAACAUUGAGGUGCUGGGGUUCAACACGCGCCAGCGCAAGGCCUUCCUGAACGCCGUCAUGCGCUGGGGGAUGCCCCCCCAGGACGCCUUCACCACCCAGUGGCUGGUCCGGGACCUGCGAGGCAAGACGGAGAAGGAAUUCAAGGCCUACGUCUCCCUCUUCAUGAGGCACCUGUGUGAGCCCGGGGCGGACGGCUCGGAGACCUUCGCCGACGGCGUGCCCAGGGAGGGGCUGUCCCGGCAGCAGGUCCUGACGCGCAUCGGCGUCAUGUCGCUGGUCAAGAAGAAGGUGCAGGAAUUUGAGCACAUCAAUGGGCGGUGGAGCAUGCCCGAGCUCAUGCCCGACCCCAGCGCCGACUCCAAGCGGUCGUCCCGCGCCUCCUCGCCAACCAUCAAGACCUCCACCACCACCCCCGAGCCCAGCUGUACCAACACGCCCUGCACCUCCAAGCCAGCCACGCCAGCCCCCAGCGAGCGCGGGGACGGGACGGGGCCGCUGGCCGAGAAGGAGGAGCUGGAGGCCAAGGAGCCGGAGAAGGACCCGAAAAGCAGCGAGCGGAUGGAGACGGAGGGCCCUGCUGCGGAGCAGCCCACGCCCACCACCUCCCCCGGGGAGAAGAGCGAGCCGAAAGCGGACGAGGACGAGCCCAUGGUGCCGGGGGAGAAGGAGCCAGAGACAGAGCCCUUGGUCAAGGAGGAGAAGGAGAAGUCGGGUGCCGGGCCGGAAGAGCCGGUGACGGAGAAGGCUGAGGACAGACCUGCUGACAGCGAUGAGCCCAAGGAGAAGGGGGAUGGGGAAGGGCCGGAGGUGAAGAAAGAAGAGGUGAAGGUGGAGAAGGAAGCUGGCAAGGAGCCCAAGGCGGGCAGCAUCAAGGAGGAGAGCAAGGCCAACGGGCGGAAGGAAGACAGGGCCGAUAAGCCCCGGUUCAUGUUCAACAUCGCAGACGGCGGCUUCACAGAGCUGCACACGCUGUGGCAGAACGAGGAGCGGGCAGCCAUCUCCUCCGGGAAGCUGAAUGAGAUCUGGCACCGACGCCAUGACUACUGGCUGCUGGCUGGCAUCGUGCUCAGGCAGGGUGGCUCAGCAGGUGUCCUGCCCCCUUCCCCACAGCUCCUGGAGCAGGCGCUGGUGAUCGAGGAGCAGCUGCGCCGAGCCGCCUACCUGAACAUGACCCAGGACCCCAGCCACCCGGCCAUGGCGCUCAACACCCGCUUUGCCGAGGUCGAGUGUCUGGCCGAGAGCCACCAGCACUUGUCCAAGGAGUCCCUGGCUGGCAACAAGCCUGCCAACGCCGUCCUUCACAAGGUGCUCAACCAGCUGGAGGAGCUGCUGAGCGACAUGAAGGCCGACGUGACGCGCCUGCCGGCCACGCUGUCCCGCAUCCCACCCAUCGCCGCCCGCCUCCAGAUGUCGGAGCGCAGCAUCCUUAGCCGCCUGGCCAACAAGGGCACCGAGACGCAGACGGCCCCGGCCUUCCCACCGGGCCCGUACACCACCCCCCAGAGCUUCGGGGGCUCCUUCAGUGCUGGAGCCCUGCCCACGGGGGGCGCCAACUACAGCCAGAUGCCCGCUGGGUCCUUCAUCACAGCCGCACCAACUCCGGCCCGCCCGGUAGCUGCGGUUCAGCGCUGUUGA